GGCAGCCUCAGCCCCGCCGAUCCGCAUUGUAUUCGAUACCGGACUCGGGUAGGGGGUGUUUUAAUGAGAGGGGAUCCGUUCCCGGCUCUUUUAAUAUUAUACAGCUGGACGGCAGCGCCGGCCAGCCAUGGAAACAUGUCGAGUCUUUGAGGAAUUCUCCCCGUCUUUGUGAGAUCACGUUUCGAGAUUUUCUUCUCCCCCCCACCUCCUCUGUCCGGAUAGCCCGCGAAUCGAUAAUAAUUGCCGGGGCACGUCGGGCGUAUGAAACCAACAACAACAACAACAAUGUGGAGCAGAAGCGAUUUUGAGGAUGGAUACGAGUCUUUCAAAACAGGUUCCAGUAGCACCAGCUCUUCAGGAUGGGUGCCUGGCUGCGACUCCUCAUGGCAGGGCAACUCCUCUGCCCCCGGCAACAGUAACCAUGGGCGUCGCCAUAGCACAGCAUCCGACAGCGGAGACACUGGAAUUGGCACCUCCUGCUCCGACAGUGUGGAAGACCACUCCAGUUCCAGCACCACCCCUCUGUCCUUCCAUCCACUGACCCAGCAUCGCUCCACUCAGGGUGCGGGUAGCGGUGGCCCCAUCCCUACGGCCCAUGUCAUGCCCUCGCCCUCCCCGUCCUCCUCAGGCUCAGUCAAGCUCAGCGUACCAACGUCGCCCGGCAGCGCCAGUCCCUGGAGCAGCUCAUUCCAGCUAAUAAUGCCUACAUCCUCUUCUCCGCUAGACGGGCAGCAAUCUCUAGAUAUGAAGGACCCCCGGCCUGUCCGGAGGUGGUCGUCGCUCACCAGGCUGUCAGCCGGGGCGGAGAAGAGCUCUGGUAGGGGCUCGGGAAGCUGGAUCAACCCAGACCCACAUGGCUCCCUGGACAGAGUACUGUUAUGUGGGCACAGGCAGGAGCCUCUUGGAGGAUCAAACAUGGACCACUAUCUCCCUUCAUCCUCCUCUUCCUCCUACCUUUCUCACGGACUGCUGCUCCGUUCACCCGGUGCGGACCCCCGUUAUCGCUGCAAUUUGAGUGGAAAGAUGGUUGGUACUCGACAUGGGACAGACUCAGCCCGCUCCUCGGCCCUGUCCUCCCCUCUGAAGCCCAGCAGCUUGAGUCUGAGCCACAGCACCUCGCUAGAGAGCGGGCUAGCCUCCGGGGCAGGGAACAUCUCCGGACUCACCUUACCCGGCCAACGAGGCUUGCUACUGGGUCACCAGGCCGUGGCAGGGUCCCCCAUCCAGCCAGCCGUCCGGACGGAGAUGUGGCUGAGCGAGCAGAUGGAGCACAGGCCUGGGUCAGAAUUCGGGAGAACCGGUUUAGAACUUGCGGGCGGAGUGGGUCGGACAGGCGGGACAGGAGCAGAGGUGUGCGGCGGAGGUGUGCCGUCGUCGUGGCAUCAGGAGCAUCAGCAGAAAGAAAGGCUGCGGCAGGAGGGAGACUUCAACCAGGUAUUGUCGGGGACCUCCUUAUCUGUCAACACCCUAGUGAAGAUCAAGGAGGGGCUACUGAGGCAGAGAGAAUUGGAGAUAGAUAGGCAAAAGCAGCAGAUUCUGCAGCUCCAUGCCCGGAUCAGAGAGAACGAGCUCAGAGCGCAACAGGUUCUCCAGAGUCAAAGAGGGCGCUCUGAUGACCCCUAUAUUCUCAAAACAAAGGAAUCCCCGUACAACGGUGCGACUGUUGGAUCUUCACCCGGGCAGCUCUCCGAUAGGCUGGCUUGUGAAAGUGGGGAGUUGGGGAGGAAGCUGGUGGCAGCUGAGCUGGAGGUUCUGCACCUGAACGAGUUCCUCAAGCAGAACACGCAGAAGUACACUGAGGACAUCAAAAAACUAGAAGAGAAGAUGAAGACAAGGGACCGUUACAUCAGCAGCCUGAAGAAGAAGUGCCAGAGGGAGAGUGAGCAAAACCAAGAGAAACAGCAGCGCAUAGAAACGCUGGAGAAAUAUCUGGCUGACCUCCCCGCACUGGAUGAGGUCCAGUCACAGGCACAGCAGCUGGUGGAAGUGCAACAGAAAGCGAAGGAUCUGGAGGAGAAAGUCUCUCAGCUGGAAAACAGCCUUGAGGAGGGACGUGUGCAGCUGAAGGAGAAAGACAAACUUAUUGAGACCCAGGCUAAGAGAGAGAAGGAGCUGGUAGCAACUGUACACAGCCUGCACCAGAAGGUGGAGCAGUGUUUGGAGGAUGGGGUGAGACUGCCCAUGCUGGACCUCAAACAGCUGGAAGUGGAGAACGCACAACUGCUGGAGCAACGAGAGCACAGCACCAAGCUGAUGGACCAACAGAAGAGGCAGAUUGAGAAACUGACGCAGGAACUUGGAGUAAAAGAGAGGACGUUACAGAAGGAGAGGAGUUGUAAUCAGCAGUUACAGUCCCAGCUGCUGGAGAGGGAGCGGGACCUGGCAACUCUAUCUGGAACAUUACAACAGAACCAGAAGCAGCUGGAGGAGGAGGUGCUGAUGUGUCCGGUGUCCCAGGCGCAGAUGCCUGAGGCUGGCUGUCUCCUGAAGGAGAUGUCCCUCUGUCUGCUGGAUCUCAAGGCUCUCUGCAGCAUCCUGUCUCAGCGGGCUCAGGGCAAAGAGCCCAACCUGGCAUUGCUGCUUGGUAUUAAAUCCAUGAGUAUAUCUGGGGAAGAGAAUGACAACGUGGUCAUGGUGGAGGAUGAGCUGAGAUCCAAUCUACUGGAAGUGGGCCAGCUAAGGAGGGACAUCGAUGAGCUGCGGAAAACCAUCUCAGACCGCUACGCACAAGACAUGGGUGACAACUGUGUCACACAAUGACACACACACAUACAUGGGAAUCCCUCAUCUUCCACCUCAUUUUGUUUUCAUUCUUCCUUUGGACAGUCUGCAGGAUGCAACUACUGCUGCUUUAUUGGGGGUUUUAUUUGUUGUUUUGAAUACUCAAAAGUCUCUAAACUCUUGCUCUUUUUCGCUCUCCACUAAUCCUCUUUCCUCCAGCGCCUCAAACUGGAUUAACAACGAGAAUGAAAAGGUUUUAUGAAGGGAACGCUAUUAAAGAAUUCGAUACAGAUUUGCAAAUUUGUCUUACCGAACUGUUCUACAACGAAGGGAGAUUUACGGUCCCCGGCUCUCUGAAUGUAGGACCAAGCUGUGAUUCAAGUUUACAUCAAGCAGUCUACCCGUGUGGAGGUGUUACAUGUUUUUGAGAAGUUGUUGGUUUUGUGUUUCAAGAAGCGGUGGAAUGAGUUCUCGCUUAUGGACUGUGGACAUUUCCUGUGCAUUGACAGGUCUUUUAACAUGAACUUGAAAUUCCCGUUGUCUGCGUACAGAAAAUGGGAUUGUUGAUUUUUUUUUUCCCAAUGUACAGUUUCAGUUAGAAUAUACAUAGCCAACCCCUGUCCUCCUGCCCAAGCCCCAUUGGCCAGUACAGUAAAAACUCCUGCUGCUCUCUUAAAGUGCCUCUUUAAGUGAAAGCUAAGUCCACCAAUGAGCUGUCUGCUUCUGAAAUGAUCACCUUUGCAAUCUAAACUUUCUCUAUAUAACGUCUGCUAUCCAAAGAUGUAUCAUAAUUUACGAAGAUAUAAUAGAAGUUAUCACAAAUUUAAGUAAUUGCUGAAAACAUUUUCCAUUAAAUUACUGACUAGAAGAUCUAAUCUAAGUGUAGUCUGCAACUUGAAUUUUUACGGUUCUGUAAAAGCCCACUAUUUAAAAUGCUGUAGCAUCUAUAUGUGUUGGAAGGAGAGUAAAUCAGGUUAUGUACACAUUUCACAGAGAGACUAUGUGAGUGACCAUCCCAUACUGGAAAGGUCAAAGCGUCUUUUAGAAAGACGUUAAAUGCCCAUUCAUUGAAUGUUACAACGGUUGUGUGUUGGUUAAAUGCCAAUAAUUUCCUCAUGGUCGGCCCUCCUGUUUCUAUUCAUGCAACUUGAUACUGAACGAGGAUUACGACCACAUUAUUUGUGUAGCGAAAUAAACGCUUAGGGCUUCCCAUUAAUGCAUUUAAUUCUAUAGACAGAUUUAUCAGGUUUAAAAAAAAGAAAGGUAAUUGAACUGGUAGGCUUCGAUAAAUCCCGCUGUCUUAUUUUGGAGUUCUCUUUAUGCAGAGAAGCACUUCAACUAAGCGUGCCCACGUUCAGAGCAGAUGUGAAACUGAUCUCAGGGGAUAGUGUAAUACGAAUUAAUUUAACAAAAUACAGAGAAUCAGGCGCAUAAGCUGCCUUCCUAAAACAUGGCCACUGUCCCCAGAAGUCACGUGUUCACACAGGAGGUCGCAGGUCGACCUCAGCUAGCAGCACCACAAAACGUCUCGACUUUACAGGACGAUGCCAGCCCUCCCUUCAGGUUCUUGUAAUGAACUGUACUACUUUUCUGCUCUUAGUGGUGUAAGAUAAUGUAAAUAUACAGUAAAUCCUGCUGGCAGAUGUUGUGAAAAUGUAAAUCUGAUCACGCGCGAUAAAAACGACAGCUUUUUCUAUUCCUCCAGUAACAUUUUGUCUUGCUGGUGAUGAUGAUUAUUAACUAGCUAGUUUUGCUAUUAACCAGGUUCUCUAGGAGUCAUUUAUGAUUACAUAGCAGAUAAUUAAUGCAAUAAUGCUCCAAGUCAGGUAAUAUUCAGGUAUGUGUAAAACCAAAAGAACGGUCCAGAAAUUGUUCGCAUAGCAGAUAGCGAGAGUUCAUGUCUAUGAUAAAAUCAUAUUGUUCCAUGUUGGUUAAGCCUGAAACGAUUAAAAAAAAAAAAAGGGUUUCCUCUGUAAAUUGUAACUGACUUUGCUCUUGUAUCUUAUAAAACUGAGUCAAGACUUGGGCAACCUCAAUAAUAUAGGAAAGACAUUACAUUUUUAGUUAUAGCAAGUUUAUCGGUAAACAUUUCCUGUUUCCUUGUGAGAAAAUGGCUCAUGUUAUUUAGUGGGAUUAUACAGGUACAUUAACAGCAUAUAAAUGCAAUAGCAAAAGAGAUUACUAUGCGCUACGUAUACCACACAGCAGUCAUCUAGAGCCGUAAUCAUUUCAUACCAUAUUCAUAAUAUAAUGCAUAUCACGAUGUUUUCCAAUAUAUAUGCUUAAACAGCUAUAUGCUGAUAUUGUACCUGUGAUUACCCACAAUGCUUCACAAUUUUAAUGUCACCUUGUUAGUGUCUGCAGAGGGCACCAGAAGACUUGACGCAUCAUAGGAAACAUAAUAAUGAUAGUUACAUAGCUUUUCUUUAUGGAAAUGGAGCCCAAGUCUUGUUUUUUCUUCUUAAAGGGAAGGGAACUAAACCAGUCAUGACAAUUGUUAUACAGAACCUGUUUGUCCAUUUACAAAUUAAUUUAUUUGUAUGACGUGCUGCGUAAUUUUAUUGAUUCUGUAAUUAACUCAAAACCAAUGUUUAAAAUGGAAAUACUAUUUCUUUUUCCUAAAUGUAAGUAUAUUUUGCAUGUUGCUCAAUGAAAAGUCCUUCUGACUUUACUUUUGGGUCAUGUUUAGAGCAUACUGUAGCCUAGCAUGUUUAGCCUGCUCAAUAACUGCACUAUUUUACCAAUGUAACAUGUUUAAGAUGAACAUUAGAGAUGUAAAAAGGUAAGCAAAAAAUAGUCUGAGAGGAACAUGAAAUGGUAAAAAUGGGAUAUACUGUUGUCUAUGCAAUCUUACCAGCACAUGUUCAGUAACAGGCAUGAUGAAAUAUUAACCUGUGCCUUUGAUAGUCUUAUCUAUGCAGUAGGCCACGUGACUAGUGUCUGUAAUUCUGACUUUAUUCAUAGUUAAAUGUGAAAUAUUGUUCAUAUGUUGAUCCAAUUGUAAUGACUGGUUUGAGGCCUAUCACUUCAUCCUUGGUUUUCCAGCUUCUUAAAACUAAACUGAUUUGUUUCGUUGAGUCAGCAGGACAUAGCCAGUCAUGUUUUUAUGAGGAAAGUCUGAAGGACGAGAAAACAGUAUUAUUGUCGACACUGUCAAAGAUGAAAAGUCAUGUAACAUUUUCCUGUACAACAAGAGCGGCAAUAUCACAGUGGAUGUGAACUUUUUCCAGUCAGUCGUGUACAAGGCAAGCGUGUGAUAUUUCCCCCGAGCGAGAUUUGACGAAGAUGCUGAGCCAUAGGCGUGACGAAUGCAUACACCUACUCAGGUAACUAGAGAGAGAGAGGAUGCGGUCUCCAUGGAAACCUGAAGAAUGUACUAACUGUAAAUGCACUGUUGAUUGUGGGAUGUAAUUGGCUUUGGUCCAAAGAAUCUAUGGACAAAGAAUGGCUGACAGGAAAACAAAAGCAAAAACCACUAUCCUUCCUCUGUGUCACAUUUCACAAAAAUCCAAUUUUGAACCUGAUCCGUUACAACGUUCAUGUAAAGCACUGUACAUGCUGAUGUGUCAAGUUUGUCAUAUACGAUCGGGCUGUUAUUUUGCACAAGAAUCAGGUUAUUGAUUUUUCUGCUCCAUGUAAGCAAAAGUUUCUUUGUCUGAAUGGUUCAAGUGGUAAAGUCAAUUACAAAUCAUGCUAGGAAACAUCAUAGAAACAAAACGGUUACAAUGGCUGUAUUAAUGUGUGUGCGUGUGUGUGAGAGAGAACCUUCAGCCGGUGUGGACGACAUAAGCCACUGGAUGGCUUCUUUAUCUGUAUCAAUAGAAAACAGUUGUUUUAUAGUAUUAAUGUUUCAAGCUUUUUAGUUUUGCAGCUAGAGUUUAUGGAUGCCAAAGAUUUAUUUAUAUACAAUGAUGUUCCUGAAAAGUAUUUUUCCAUUUUUGAAAAGAAGGUUUUGUUAUUUGUUUAGAUGGCAAAUAAAAUAUUUUU